GUCUCUUUAAUCUAUGUAUUUAUUUGACUGGAAGCACUGGAAGUAAAUACUAAAAGUUAUUAAAAUUUAAAAUAUAUAUAGAAAUACGCUCACAAUUAUCUAAGUUUAUUUAUCUAGUGAAAAUAUUUAUUACUUCUAUGAAUUUAAAUGGAAGAUUACACACAAAGUCAUUGAAAUGUACCUAGCAAAAUAAGGAAUAGUGAUUUAUUCUUUACUUAAUUACAACUCGAGUAUUAAAUGAUUUAAUACGUAAUUCUUAUGCCAGACCUAUAUUGGUAAAUGGUGUAGAUUGAAAUAAUUGAGAAACUGUGAAUUCCGGUGUUAAAUGCUGCCGGUUAACAACUUUGUUCUAUUGCCAGCAAAAUAGUAUAUUUACAGAUAUUAUAACAAGAGAAAGUCAGUAUGAUUAUAUUUUUAAGUGAACUUCAAAAAGAACAUCUUGAUUUACUUCAUAAACAUUCCAUUCAAGUUUUAAUUGAUUUCUGUAAACUCACAAUAGACUAUUUGAAUAAUGGAGUUAACCCAAAAAAGCACAAUAUUGCAGCAGAAAAACUAAAUGUGCCUAUGACUGUUGUACAAAAUUUGGUGCAUGCAUUAGUUUAUCUUAUCAUUGAGGCUUGCAAACAUAAUCUAUCUGAAUCAGAUUUCAAGUCAUCACUAGCAUUAGCUGGAUUUUCUACCGAGCAACAAGAAAUAUUGGUGAAGUUAUACAAUACAAAAAAAACUGAGCUGUCCAGUGCCCUGAAUUUAUUACAGCAAAAGGAUCCCACCUACCAGGACUUAAGCUGGAGGUUUGAAGUGCAGAUUGCAUCUCGAAACUCCAGUGAAGAAAUCAAACCAAUGGUCUCAAUGGAUUUUGUAGUCAUGACUCCUAAGAAUUUUAGACAGCCCAGUGAAGAUAAAAUAGACCAGUACUCUAAAAAUAAUAAUAAAAAUGUAUCACCAAUACACAUUAAUUCAACUGUACAGGAAGCAAAAGCAGCAAGUCAUUGCCAGAAUAUUAUAAAUCAUCAUUUGCUUCAGUGUGACUUGCCCAAUUUAAUACAUAUGACAAAUGUGUUGGAUCAAGCAUUAAAAGAAUCAAAAAGUCAACAUGUACGUAAAGUUCAAAGGGCUUUGUAAUAGAUAUAAGGAGAUACAUAACUAUCUGCAAAUUGACACUGUUAAAGAAAAGAUGAGGAUAAACAACAAAAAAUAUAAAUAGCACCAUAUAAACGAUAUAAAGGACUUAGUUGGAGAAUUACUCACAGCACAACAAUCUAUAAGAUUGAGACGAUGACUUGUAUUACACUUGGACACUAAAGCUGGAAGAGCUUAACAAAAUUAUUUUGAGAGAACUACUGGACUGUUCUUCAAAACAUUAAUUUUCACCCACGAUAUUAUCUAAUUCUAGCUAUUUUAAAAAAGCUGAUUAAUAUCAUAAAAAAGAAAAAAUAUAUAUGUUGUUGGGAGUCAGUAGAAGCAGAUAGAUAGUUCGGUACUGUUUCUUAUCAAUGAGGGAGGCCUAUAUUAAUCAGUGGAGUAUUAAUUGCUGAAAUGAUAAAGUUGAAUCUUUGAAUAAAACAAGUGCAUUUCAUUAACUAUAUAUUAUAAAAAUAUUUUUCAUCUUCAAUAUUAAAAAGAUUCAUUCUUAUUGCCUAAU